AUGCACUGGGAAUCCUAUCUGGUCCUUUUCCUGGGAGCCUGUGCCGCCGGCGUGAAUGGGAAGCCCCAGGUCGACCUGGGUUAUGCUCGCUACUGGGGUAUUCGGCUGCCUGCUGGGGUAGAUGAAUACCUUGGUAUGAGAUACGCAGCACCUCCUUUGGGUCAACAGAGGUUCCGAGCACCGCCUGAUCCAAUCAGCACAUCAUAUAUUCAGGAUGCAUUUCAGUUUGGACCAACCUGCAUCGGUGUUGGAGAAGAAAUAAGCCAAAGUGUUGGGGAAGACUGUCUGUUUAUCAACGUGUUCGCCCCAUCCAACGCAACCGCCCUCUCCAAAUUGCCAGUGUGGGUGCAUAUUCAAGGCGGCGGCUAUGCAUCCAACUCCAAUGCCAAUUUUAAUGGAACGGACGUGAUCCAGCACUCGGGAUAUGGCCUCGUCUUUGUCAACUUUAAUUACCGUGUUGGGGCCCUGGGGUUCCUAGCCAGCGAGGAGAUUCGGCGGGAGGGAGACCUAAAUUAUAUUGACAAGUUUGGAGGAGAUCCAGACCACAUUGUUGUCCAUGGUGAUUCCGCCGGUGCGGGCUCAGUGGCUCAUCAUAUGACUGGGUAUGGAGGUGGGGAGGAGGGACUCUUCACAGGUGCAGUACUAGAGCCUCCAUUCUGGCCCACAUUGCGCAAAGUUGCAGAGAUGGAGUUCCAGUACACGCGGUUUGUGGAUGAUGUCGGCUGCUCUAAUUCAUCAUCUGCGUUGGCUUGUCUUCAGUCUGCGGACCUCACUAUAAUACAAAAAGCUAACGUGCCGAGCCCAUUUCCUAAUGCUCCAUCUGAUCCAUUGCCAUUGUGGUACUUCCUGCCGGUCAUUGAUGGUGAGAUGGUGCAAGAUCAGUUGUAUCGGCUCUUUGACCAGGGCAAAACCUUGAAAAUCCCAGUACUGGUGGGCGACGAUACAAACGAGGGAUCUAUCUUUGCAUACAAUGCCACAGACUCAUCAGAUAUGUCUCGGUUUCUCCAGGCUAAUUACCCGGGGCUGUCUCCUACCAACAUGUCCACCAUCAUGGCUGCAUAUCCCCGUAUGCGUCCCGUAGCAGACCAUGGAGCCUAUUUCCUGUCCGCAUCCGCCGCCUAUGGCGACGCCACUUUUACGUGCCCCGGAAACUCCAUUGCAGCGUCAAUGGCCGAUCGGGUUUGGAACUACCGAUACAACGUUCGAGCCCCAGAGUUGAUCGAUGAAGGCCUGGGCGUGCCACAUAUAUUCGAGAUUAGCGCUAUUUUUGGUGUGGGCUUUGCUGGUGAUAGUGAGACCACAAGCUACAACGGGAUCAAUGCCAACGUCGUCGCUACUGUAAUGGACUAUUGGAUCAGUUUCGUGAAGGUGUUGGAUCCAAAUCCCCUCAGACGUGGCCACACACCACGCUGGGAACCGUGGAUGCCCGACCUGGCACAGCGGCUCAAGAUACAGAAAAAUAGUACCGCGAUGGAGCCAAUUCCAGGGCAGCAGGCGAAUCGGUGUUCUAUGUGGAGAGGACUCGCGCCGGAGAUGGAGAUCUGA